UUGGGGACCUAUCUAUAUUACUACUCUCUAACUUUGGGUUCUACACCUGCUCCCGGUGACAUAUGGGCAUCAGUCGCCGCUCCUGUGCCAAUGGACAGUGUGUUCAUAUAUAGACCUGACAAACGACAGCAAUUAUGGAGAUUUAUGUUGUACAUGUUCUUACAUGUUGGUUGGGUCCAUCUGAUAUUCAAUUUGACCGUCCAAUUGCUUGUGGGUCUUCCAUUAGAAAUGGUGCAUGGUUCACUCCGGAUAGGGGUCGUGUACAUGGCUGGUGUGUUAGCAGGUUCCUUAGCUACGUCGGUCUUUGAUAGUAACGUGUAUCUCGUUGGUGCUUCGGGUGGAGUGUAUGCUUUAUUGGCUGCUCAUUUAGCUAACGUUAUGUUG